AUGCAUCCUGCCAGCCGGAACCCCAGCAGCCUCUCUACCCUGCUCCUGCUCCUAUUCCUCCUCUCCUGCUCUGGUCUCCGAACUGCCAAGGGGCUGCCCUUGAACACUGGGAACGCCAAUGUGACGAUUUGCAAUGCAACGAUCCGGGAAAUUAGAAAGCAACUAGAGGAGUCUAAGCCUUUGCCUUUGAACUCGGCUGAUGGGGAAGACCGAUGGCUCUUGCAGAAUGCCUCUCGGAGGCUAAACCUGUGUGAAUUCUUGAAAGCUGCCGAGACUUUGACUGACAAACAGAAAAUCAAGACUAGUCUUAAGUGUCUCAUGCAAUGCCUGCCCAGGGUUGAGCCCACAGUCACAGACUCGAGAAUAAUCUUUAUCAAAGAGGGCAACUGGAAUGACUUCCGGAAGAAACUGCAGUACUAUCUGCACAUUCUUGGUGAAGAGCUGGAUUCAGCAUUGAACCCCAGAAUCCCCUAUCCGACAUCUGGUUCAGUCCCUCGGUCUUCUCAAAAUGGGACCUUGGAAUGUUAG